AUGCACGUGGCCGGCCUAGCAUAUUCGUUGGGAGGCAUCUCCCUUGCGUUGAGCGUGAUUGCUACCGUUGUCCAUGGCCGGCGCUUCUCUGGCAGAACAUUAUUUCAGCAGGACUCCAAACAUAGCUCGGUUGAUUUUCACUCCCCGGGGGCCCGAAAGUCCUCCUUGGAGUACGGUCGAUUGCGCAAUCAGUCUGAUGCACAGCGAGACAGCCGUGACAGCUCCAGCAUCCAUGCCGAAGACCGCCCGGCGCCGCGGAAGAUUCAACGCACCCCGUCGGAGAUCAAGAGAUCAUUGGACAGCCUGAUGCUGCAGCCAUCAUCUGGCAGAACCUCUCCGGCCGCAUCAACUAUCCAGGUGGAGACUCCCCGAAUGCCCCCCGCGCCGAAGCUGAACUUACCAGCCGACGAGAGCAACAUCCACCCACUGUUCCGUUCGAACAGCGUAUCGCCUCCUCCGACACCCAUGCCCGGCACAACCCUUCACGCUUCGCCCGCGGCGGGGCAGACCAUUUCCGUGAAGACACUAAGUCGGGUGAGGUCUGUCAACUCGCUUCGGAGCCCUGGGUCUCGGAGUCGAUCUCCGCUGUUCGAACGGAUGGACCAUGACGGCGAGAUGAACCAGGAACAAGGGACGGAGAGCAGGAUGGACAACCAACUCAAGGGGGAAGGAGGAAAUGCAAUACCGGGAUUUAUCAUGGCUGCUGAUGUGCGGCGGAGUAUAACUCGAUAUGAGAAGCGGUAUGAUUUGCAUGAAUCCCCAGAUGAAAGCUAA